AGUUUGAAUAUAGACAAAUAUGGUAAGUACCUGAUCUUUUCCUCGCCUACCAACACAGGACCAAUAUCCACGAACUGAUGCACGCGCUUGGGUCCUACCAUGAACGCUGUCGUCCAGACCGUGACAAAUAUUUGACCGUUAUAGCUAAAGAAAAUUAUACGGAUUUUGGAAAAGUGUGUGAGAUGGAUGUGGUGUGUUUUGGUCCGUAUGAUCCAGAAUCAAUCAUGCAUUAUUCCCUGGGAUGUUAUCCCCAAGGACGAUGUAUACAAGCGAAGCCAGGGACGGAAAGAACAAAUGCUAUGGGCCAACGUGUAAGGUUAAGUGCUUAUGAUAUAAAUGCACUUAAUGCACUUUAUCUUAGCUCCCAAGUUAAGGAGGAGUUUAAAAAUGAAAGUGACACCUCUCUAAGUGCGCUCCCCUUGGGACCGUAGUAAAAAAAUAGUAGAAUG